UGGCCAGAGUCAGAGAGUUUUAGUGAUGAAGGAAUGGAACCCAUUCCGAGUUCAUGGAAAGGAAUCUGCGAAUCUGGAGUAGCUUUUAACUCAUCUCACUGCAACAGAAAAUUGAUAGGAGCGCGCUACUAUUUAAAAGGUUAAGAAGCAUAUUACGGCCCAUUGAAUGAGACAAUAAAUUAUCGAUCUGCACGCGAUAGAGAAGGACAUGGGACCCACACAGCUUCGACCGUGGCAGGCCGUGAAGUUCACAUCACCUCACUUCUUGGCGGCUUUGCCAGUGGCACAGCCAAAGGUGGAGCUCUUCUUGCGCGACUUGCAAUUUACAAAGUGUGUUGGACGAUCCCCAGUCAGUCGAAGGUACUAGAGGGCACAUGUUUUGACGAAGAUAUGCUGGCAGCCUUUGAUGAUGCCAUUGCCGAUGGUGUCCAUGUAAUAAGCAUCUCGAUCACACCAUAUCAGAAUAUCGAAUACACAAAAGAUGGGAUUGCUCUGGGAGCACUGCACGCAGCCAAGAAAAAUAUUGUAGUGGUGGCGAGUGCUGGAAAUUGGGGCCCGGCCCCAUCAACGGUAAUAAAUGUGGCGCCCUGGAUACUUACGGUGGGGGCCAGUAGCAUUGAUCGGAUUUUCAACUCGCCUGUUCUGCUGGGGAAUGGAAUGAAAAUUGAAGGUCAAACUGUAACGCCAUACAAGUUAAACACUGUGCGCCCUUUAGUUUAUGCUGGAGAUGCAGAAGCCCCUGGAACAACAACUAAUGGUACCACCGGGUUAUGCCUUUCUGGAACUCUUUCACAAGAAAUUGUGCAGGGGAAAAUAGUUUUGUGCUUGAAGGGAAAUUCAAGUAAUGUAGAAAAAGGUAUGGAGGUGAAAAGAGCAGGCGGCGCAGGGUUCAUUUUGCAGAAUCCUUUGGAUGGAAUUGGAGUAUCAGUUGAUGCUCAUGUACUUCCUGGAACUGCCAUAUUUUCAAAUGAUUCAGCCACUAUUCUCAAUUACAUAAGAACCAACAAAAAUCCAACCGCAAGAAUAGUUCUAGCGAGAACUGUUUUGGGUAGUAAACAGUCGCCAUUCAUGGCCGCCUUCUCCUCUACAGGUCCAAAUGGCCUUGAACCCAACAUUCUAAAGCCCGAUAUAACUGCGCCAGGGCUAAAUAUCUUGGCAGCAUGGAGCGAGGCAAGCUCUCCCACUGGACUAUUCUCAGAUAACCGGGUGGUGAAAUACAACGUUCUCUCAGGGACUUCCAUGUCUUGCCCUCACGUAGCGGCAGCAGCCGCCCUGCUCAAGGCAGCGCAUCCAGAUUGGAGCAGUGCCGCCAUAAGAUCAGCACUGAUGACUUCCAGCACUCAAACCAACAACGUCGGCACCCCGAUAACCGAUGCCAUUGAAAAUCCAGCAACUCCCUUCCAUUAUGGCUCGGGGCACUUCCAACCAGCAAAAGCAAUGGAUCCAGGCCUGGUUUACGACUCAAAUUACACUGACUAUCUUCUUUUUCUUUGCAACUAUAACAAC